GGAAGGAGGUCUCAUUUUCCGCCGAGCACGACAUGGAGAGAAAGUGACAGAUUUGACUUUGUCUCCAAGCAGCUCCCCUUCGAAGGCGCAGCGGUUUGCUGUCGGGAUCGCGAUAAACAGAAAGCGAACAGAGCUGCUCUGUGUCCGGCUCGAGGAGAGAUUCAGGGGAAGUUUUCAGAGACAUUGCCGGGCGGUAGCGAGCGGAGGUCUGCUGCUGAUUCGCAUAGGGAGAAAGCGGGGAAAACAGACGGCUUGGUUGCGCGUAUUUUAAUGAAAUACUGCAGCUGUCGGACACACGCCUGCAAUCCCUACCUUUCCCGAGGUAGAUGCGUUUGACUUUAAGAUGCGGAGCGACCCCAUACUGUUCGCCUCGAGGGCGAUGGAGGAGUUGUUGGCAGAGUUGCGGGUCUUUCUGGAGUUGUUGGACAGAGAAUAUUUAACUGCUGGGGUAAGAGAGAAGAAACAGCAAAUAUUAAACAUCCUGCACAGAGUUCUAGCCACUAGAGAGCCCUCAUGUAAGACAGAGAUACACACCUCUCUCCCGGCCCCUCCUCAGAUGCCCCUACCAGAGAUUCCUCACCCCUGGAUGCCUCCAGACAACGGGCCUCCUCCCUUGCCGAGCUCCUCUCUUCCUGAAGGUUAUUAUGAGGAAGCCGUUCCGCUGGGCCCUGGGAAAGCACCAGAGUACAUCACCUCUAAUUAUGACUCGGAUGCCAUGAGUAGUUCAUAUGAGUCAUACGAUGAGGAAGAGGAGGAUGGGAAGGGGCAGAAGAUGCAUCACCAGUGGCCAUCUGAGGAGGCCUCCAUGGACCUGGUGAAAGACGCACGUAUCUGUGCAUUCCUGUUGCGAAAGAAACGCUUUGGACAAUGGACCAAACUGCUCUGUGUCAUAAAGGACAACAAACUGUUGUGCUACAAGUCUUCCAAAGACCAGACUCCACAGAUGGAGCUCCUCCUGUCUGGCUGCAGCAUCACACACAUUCCCAAAGACGGCAAGAAAAAGAAGCAUGAACUGAAGAUCGUCCAUCAGGGAGCUGAUGCUCUGGUGCUUGCCGUACAGAGCAAAGAACAGGCCGAAGAGUGGCUAAAGGUGAUGAAGGAAGUCUGCUCUAAUGGAAAUGGAGUGGUGGACUGUGAAGGAGCUGGUUCUGGUUCCCCAGUUCACAAAGCAGAGCUGGAAAAGAAGCUGUCCUGCGAUCGACCCAGUUCAGAUGGAGAGCCCUGUCAUGAAAAUGGCAUCUCAGAUGGCAAAGAUCCAGCCAAAGGCAAGAAGAACUCUAAAUCAGAGCAGAAAGGCACGGUGGGACGUGUGACUGGAAAGAAAAUCACUAAAAUCAUAAGCCUGGGCAAGAAAAAACCAUCUACAGAUGAACAGACCUCAUCGGCGGAGGAGGAUGUCCCAACAUGUGGCUAUCUGAAUGUGCUGUCCAAUAAUCGCUGGAGAGAGCGCUGGUGCCAGCUAAAAGACAACCAACUGUUGCUGCACAAGGACCGGGCAGAUCUGAAGACACACAUGGCCUCUCUGCCGCUGCGGGGGUGUGAGGUCAUUCCAGGGCUGGACUCCAAACAUCCCUUUGCCUUCCGUCUGCUGCGCAACGGACAGGAGGUGGCUGUUCUGGAGGCCUCCUCCUCUGAGAAUAUGGGAAGGUGGCUGGGGGUCUUGCUGGCCGAAACGGGCUCCACAACAGAUCCUGCUGCACUGCACUACGAUUACAUUGACGUCGAAACCACUGCUAAUGUCAUUCAACUGGCCAAGCAGUCAUUUUGCUCAUACGUGUUUCUUUCAUCCAAUCAGCUGAAGGGAAAGAAAGGCCUGCUCACCAAUGGGUUCGCUGCAAAGCAGAAGUUGGACAAGAACCAGCCCAAAAAGGCCAAUGGAAUUAGCAGAACUCUUCCAGUGAAACACAACAACUCUAGUGUGGACCAGUAUAAGUACGGGAAAAACAGAGUGGAGGCAGAUGCCAAGAAACUCCAAGCUAAAGAUGAGGAGCUGAUGAAGAGGAAGCAGGAAAUUCGAAACCGCCUGGCCCAGCUGAAAAAAGACAGGAAGGACCUCCGCACUGCUAUAGAGAACAACACAGGUAAGCGUUCUCAGGCAUCUUUGACAGAGAGACUUAAGAAAGUGGAGGAUGAAUGCAAACUAAAAGAGGAGGAACGAGUCAAUCUGGAACUGGAGCUGACAGAGGUGAAGGAGAGUCUGAAGAAAGCCUUGAAUGGAGGCGUCACCCUGGGCCUGACCAUUGAACCCAAAACGGGCAGCUCCAGCCCACAGUCUCCAGUGUUAAUGAGGCGAACGGUGGACAACUCGCCCAUUUCCAGCUGUGACACCAGUGACACUGAGACCUGCUCUCUGCCAGUCAACAGUGCAUCUCUGCUGCGGCGUCAGACACAACAGAAAGCCUCAUCUGUGCGAGGACACGUCCUCAGGAAAGCCAAGGAAUGGGAGAUGAAGUCUGGCACAUAAGUUCUUUUCCACCAACUUUUCACUUUCAUUGUGUCUAUUUAUUUAAUUUUGUCCAUGUAUGAGUGAUGUUGAAAUUGAAUUUACUGAACCAUAGACACACUAUUUUCCAGAAUUAAUUCUGGAAGAUCUUGACUGAGUCCGGUGCCCGGUGCUGUUUUAUCAUUAUUCAUUAUAGCACUAUCCUUGGGUCAUGAUCUGACUAUAAAAUGACUAACAAAUUAGGAAAAAAUACUCAAACUCAAAAUAGAGACCAAAUAGAGGCCAACAGUAAUGCCACAAUACCAAAUGUACAGUAUAUAUAGUACCGUUCAAGAUUUUGGGGUCAGUACAUUUUUUUUUUUUU